UGACCUUUUAUCAAAAAUAUCUUGUACCUAAUGUGCAUUAAAUAACACAGACACAUGCUUCACACGCAUCAUUUGCAAAUAUUGCAUGUAAAUUUUCACUAGUGAAAUUGAAAGUUAGUAUGGGAACAGGAUUAUUUUGUGUGGUGAUUUUAUUCGUAAUAGGUUAUGGUUAUUGUUCAAAAGAAUGGGGAACUGACUACGUUGAAGUAACUGAGCCUCCAAUUACUCAAAACUUCUAUUUCAGUAAAACCGGGGAAUCUUAUUAUGAAGCUCUCCAUACCUGUAUAGAAAAAUCCAUGCAGCUGGUUUCCAUCGAUAGCGCAAAGAAAAAUAGGGAGUUGGCCAAGAUAAUAAAGGAUUCAGGUGGCUUACAUCGAUAUUGGACAUCCGGUAACAACAUAGCAAAAGGUAGGUGGUCUUGGAGUAAAGGAGAGCCCAUUGACUACUUUAAUUGGAACCCUGAUUUACCAACACCUCCAUCAGAGGAAAGCUAUUAUUAUAACGUCCAUCAAGAAUGUAUUAAAAUUGCCAAAAAUGAAGAUAAACUCUACUGGGAGCGGGGCUUCUGCCACGAGAAAAACCUGUAUAUCUGCGAAAAAACACUGAAGGUCUCCAAAAGUGACUGUGUUGCUACAGAAAAUUUGGUCCAGGGAGAUAGUCAGUCUCAUUUCAAAUAUUACAUAGCUGAAGAGAGAGUAACAUACCCCAAAGCUAUUGACGUCUGCCGAUCCAUGUGCAUGGAGCUAGUUAGUAUUGAAAGCAAGCAGAAGAACCAGGAUGUAUCUCAAGCAUUUGUGAACGCAAAUGUAACUGAUACUUUCUGGUCUUCUGGACAACGAAGAAAAAGAUUUGGUGCUUGGAAAUGGAUAAAUGGCGAAACGGUUAACUUCUUUAGCUGGGACUCAGGAGAACCAAAUAACAAAGGUGACGAAUAUUGUAUUGAAUUAUUUAGCUGGACUGCAAAUACGACAAUGGUUUGGAAUGAUCAAAAUUGCGAAACUAAAAGGAAGUUUAUAUGUGAACGGAUCUUCCAUUAAGGAUUUACCGACAGGAGUAAAACAAAAUAAAGACAACUCUGCAGAAAGUACAAAAUCAGAAACGUGGGGCGUGACCACUUCCAAGAAUUAAACAGACGACUAAAAACUAUGUGUCAUGUCAUAGAUGAAUAUACAAUAGAAAUCUAGCCUCUGUGGCCACUACAUGCAAAAUUUCCUUAUGUUUUAGACGCUUCAGGAUUGUUGGGGUGUACCACACACCCCUGUCGGAUGCCGGGUUAAUGACUUGAUGGUUUAGUACAAAAAAUGUAUGGUUUAUAAUAAUUCUAUCUCAACUAUAAUAUUAUGUUCUUUGUGAUAAUACAUUUCUUCAAGAAAUUAACGCACGAGAGGGAAGACUACGAAAACUAUGGAAUGACGAUGAACUUACUGGAGGCACAAUGAAAAGAAAAAUAAGAAGAGAAGAAGACGAAUAAGAAGAAGAAGAAACUGGUUAAGAUAUGCAAAUGGAAUUUGGUGGGUUUUAAGAGGUAGUUAUUGCGCAUUUUUUUAUAUAUAAUUAGGAACUUAAUAUUCACCAUUGGCGCGCAAGCAGGUAACAUGAUCCUUAUAACAUAAGCGAAUGAAUAAAAAACAGAAAGGUAGGAAACCAUGAGGCUAUAGUUGGAUUUUAAUUUCAGUAUUUUUUUAAUGCUAGAAUAUUCCACAGAGUGACACGAACUUUGAGAAAAAAUCACAGUUUGAUUGGUACACGCGGUAUACAAUGACAGUUUCCCUGUCUAGCAACAAUAUUAUUACACCGAUAUUCUUAAAGAAUGAGGCUAUAACAUGUUAAAAAGGCACUUAAAUCGGACAACAGAUUUAGGAAAUUCGAGACAUUAAAAAUGAUCAAUUUUUAAGGUGGUGCAUUAAUUCCUUGGAGAAGUGUAUUUUAUUAUAAUUAUUAUUAGGUAUAUUGAGCAAUGACCUCUGUAGCAUAAAUAGAAAUAUAAAAAUCAGUGUAGAAUAAAAUAAGUUUAAAAUCUU